AUGGACUCAAGUGAAAAAAGACCACAAUUUGGUAACCGAUUCCUGGAAAAUGUGGAUGAGGUCUUCAAACAUAACGCUUGGGACAAUGUUCAAUGGGAUGCAAAUCAGGAACAAGCUGCUAAGGAAAAGGUUCAACAAAAUUCUGAAGUAACAUUUACUGAAGAACAUUUGAAAGAUUUGGAAGAUAAUGCUGAUAAGUAUUGGGAUGCAUUUUAUGAUAUCCAUCAAAAUAGAUUCUUCAAAGAUCGCCACUGGUUGUUCACAGAAUUCCCUGAAUUAGCACCUGAUAACACAUCUGCACCAGAAAGAGUGUACCCAGAUAUUGAUCAAAAACCUUUUAAAGUAACAGAAUCAGUUACCACUGACAAAAAUACUAAACGUUAUAUAUUUGAGAUAGGAUGUGGAGUUGGAAAUACUAUCUUUCCCAUCCUACAAUACAGCCAGGAUCCCAAUUUAUUUAUAUAUGGCUGUGAUUUCUCAUCCAAAGCUAUUGACAUUAUGCAACAAAAUAAACUCUAUGAUACGAAAAGAUGUAAUGUAUUUGUAUUAGAUGCAACAAUUACUGACUGGCAAGUCCCAUUCAAAGAAAAUUCAAUUGACAUCAUAGCUAUAAUCUUUGUAUUGUCUGCAAUUGAUCCUGCAAAAAUGCCAGGCGUUAUAAAAAAUAUAUAUAAAUAUUUAAAACCAGGAGGAUUGGUGGUGUUCCGGGACUAUGGUAAAUAUGACUUAGCUCAACUUAGAUUCAAGAAAGGUCGUUGCAUUUCUGACAAUUUCUAUGCUCGUGGAGAUAACACCAAGGUAUACUUCUUUACUCAAGAAGAAGUUAAACAGUUAUUUGUUAACAAUGGCUUUUUGGAAGAGCAAAAUUUGAUUGAUCGAAGACUUCAAGUGAAUCGAGGCAAGAUGUUAACAAUGUACAGGGUUUGGGUACAAGGAAAGUAUAGAAAGCCCUCGUAA